AUGGAUGGAAGAGAAGCUAUGGCAUUAUCUAGUGGUUCAAAUCCGUAUUACAUUCAUAGGGGGCCUGGUUAUGGUGGGCCUGGAGGAUACCAGUCACAGACUGGGGCAUUGCACCCUCCACCCCAGUUCAGAUCCUCCCCAACCCCAAACUUUCAGAUUCAGAACAAUGCCCGGCCUGGCUCAUCUGCACCUGCAUUCUCGAUAGAGCACUCAAAUGUGAAUUCUGGUCAUGGCGGCCAUGGCAUUGAUAUUGAUAUGAGUGCUCCUCCACCUGGAGCGGCUGUGAGUGAGCAGCCGGUGAAGAAGAAGAGAGGAAGGCCACGAAAAUAUGCCCCAGAUGGGCAGGUUUCCCUUGCUUUAUCUCCUAUGCUGGUAAAGCCUAAACAACAACCAUCUUCGGAGCAAGAUCCAUUGAGCCCAUCUAAGCGUAGAGGGCGGCCACCUGGCACAGGGAGAAAGCAACGACUGGCUAAUCUAGGUGAAUGGAUGAACAACUCUGCGGGCUUGGCUUUCGCACCACAUGUGAUCAGAAUCUUAGCUGGAGAGGAUAUAGUUGCAAAAAUAUUGUCAUUUGCACAACAGAGGCCUAGGGCUGUCUGUGUCUUGUCAGGAACUGGUACAGCUUCCUCUGUCACACUGCGUCAACCAGCAUCUUCAGGGCCGACUGUCACAUAUGAGGGCCGAUUUGAGAUACUGUGUUUGUCGGGUUCUUACUUGGUGGCUGAAGAUGGAGGUCCACGUAAUCGAACUGGUGGGAUGAGUGCUUCUCUCUCUACUCCUGAUGGUCAUGUCAUUGGUGGUGCAAUCGGCAUGCUUACUGCUGCAAGCCUAGUCCAGGUCGUGAUCUGCAGUUUUGUAUAUGGUAAUACAAAGAAGCCCGAAAGACCAGUUGGGCGGCCUAAGAGUGAUAAAAGCCAACGGAACAGCGAGAAAUUAGCUGUUAGUACCCCUACUACCCCUGCUAGUGCUCCUCCUCCCUCUACUACAACACAGCAGCAUCACUACACGCCUUCGCCCAUGGGGGUCUGGCCUGGUUCACGGUCGGUUGAGCUGAGAAACAACCCUCACAUGGACAUUGACUUGACUCGUGGAUGA